ACUGAAGAGCGCUGAAAUCCAAAGCAGUAAAGCCCAAAGGACUAAAGGACCGAAGGACUUUAAGCCCGAGAAGCAAGGACAUGCUAUAAAAGCCUGUUACAGGCUCCAUAAAAGAAUUUGUAGGAUUUGUCUUUGCGGGACAAAGUUUUCUAGAUAAGCUGGUUUUUCUUGAGCAAUCCUGAGGACAUGGAUUGGGGCACAGCUCUCUGGGACCAGCAUGAUGCGAUUGAGAAACACACCCAGUUGGGGCUGGACCUGGCAGAUCGCUAUGUGAAGUUUGUCAAAGAGAGAACAGACAUCGAACAGCUCUACGCCAAACAGCUCAGGGCUCUGUGUAAAAAAUAUUCACGGAGAGGCAGUAAAGAGGACCAAGACACGAAGUUCACCAAUCAGCAGGCGUUUCAGGAGGUGCUGAAUGAGCUGAACGACUACGCCACUCACAGAGAGCAGCUGGCCGAUAACAUGAGCGUCAGCAUCUGCACGGAGCUCACCAAGCACCUCUACGACCUGAAACUGGAGCGCAAGACUCUUCUGGUUGAGGUUAAGAAAGCCCAGCAGAAUCUUGAGAACAGCUUCAAACAGCUUGAGUUGGCUAAGAAGCGUUUUGAGAAGGAGUGGAAAGAAGCCGAGAAAGCCAACCUGCAAGCAGAGAGAGCCGAACAGGACUCUAACUCCACCAAAGUGGAUGUAGACAAGGCCAGGCAGAAUGCUCAUCAACGUACACACGCAGCAGAUGAGUGUAAGAACGAAUACGCUGCUCAGCUCCAGAAAUACAACAAAGAACAGAACAAUUUCUACCACAGCGAAAUGCCUUCGAUAUUUAACAAGCUGCAGGAGGUGGAUGAGAAGCGAAUCAAGAAGUUGGCUGAAGGUUACAGGCUGUUUGCUGAUACAGAGAGGAAGAUGCUGCCAGGCAUCAGCGUCUGCCUGGAUAAAAUCACCGCAGCCAGCAACAAGACCAAGGAGAAACAGGACUCUUUGACACUCAUUGAGCAACAUAAGUCUGGCCUAGCGCCCCCUGUUGACGUGGAGUUUGAGGAUUACAGUCAAGGCAUCAAACCUGCGUCGAUGGAAGCCCCACACAUCUCAAGGGGCCGCAUUAAACAUUUAUUCAAGAAGAACAAGCAGGCCGGACCAUUAGAGAAAAACAUGCCCCCUCCAGUGGAGGAUUUCUCCCACCUGCCUCCAGAUAAGAGGAAGAAGCGUCUGCAGGAGAGGAUAGAUGAGAUCAAAAAAGAGCUUCACAAAGAGAUGGACAAAAGUAAUGGUCUGGGUAGGAUGAAGGAGGUUUAUGAGAAGAACUCUCAGCUCGGCGACCCCACUAGUCUGGAACCCCAGAUCAACCAGAUCGCUCACAACAUCAACAAACUGAAGGGGGAGCUGCAGAGAUACGAGGCUUGGCUGAGUGAGGUUGGAGGAGUCAGUACACACAGCAACAACCACAACAAUACGUAUGUCACUGUGCUUGAGUCCAAGCUGAGUCCCUCUCAGCUCAGUGAUGAUGUCUAUGAGUUUGAUGAAGACUUUGAUGAUGACGAUGAUGUACCUGCUGCUCAGUGCCUGGCACUCUAUGACUUUGACGGUGCCAGCGAGGGAGCGGUCAGCAUGGAGGCUGGUGAGAGGCUGAGCAUGAUAAACAAGGAUCAGGGUGAUGGCUGGGUGCACGUGAGGAGAAUCAAUGGAGAUGAAGGAUAUGUUCCUGCAUUGUACAUCAAAAUCAUCUGAAAAUGAUCAAAAUCAUUUUAGUGUAAAUCUCCAAAAGAAUCAUCUGAUAUAUCUCCAAAAGAAUCACCUGAUAUAUCUCCAAACGUAUCAUCUGAUAUAUCUCCAAAAGAAUCACCUGAUAUAUCUCCAAAAGAAUCACCUGAUAUAUCUCCAAAAGAACCACCUGAUAUAUCUCCAAAAGAAUCAUGUGAUAUAUCUCCAAAAGAACCACCUGAUAUAUCUCCAAAAGAAUCACCUUAUAUAUCUCCAAAAGUAUCAUCUGAUAUAUCUCCAAAAGUAUCAUCUGAUAUAUCUCCAAAAGAAUCAUGUGAUAUAUCUCCAAAAGAAUCAUCUAAUAUAUCUCCAAAAGAUUCACCUGAUAUAUCUCCAAAAGAAUCACCUGAUAUAUCUCCAAAAGAAUCAUCUGAUAUAUCUCCAAAAGUAUCAUCUGAUAUAUCUCCAAAAGAAUCAUCUGAUAUAUCUCCAAAAGAAUCACCUGAUAUAUCUCCAAAAGAAUCAUCUGAUAUAUCUCCAAAAGAAUCACCUAAUAUAUCUCCAAACGUAUCAUCUGAUAUAUCUCCAAAAGAAUCACCUAAUAUAUCUCCAAAAGAAUCAUCUGAUAUAUCUCCAAAAGAAUCAUCUGAUAUAUCUCCAAAAGAAUCAUCUGAGACAGCUCCAAAAGAAUCAUCUGAUAUAUCUCCAAACGAAUCAUCUGAGACAGCUCCAUCUGAGUCUUGCAUAAGGACCCUUAUUCGUACAGCAUGGCAUUCUUUACUUUAAGUUCAGUCUUCUGAGAGGGAAGUAGUGUUAGCCCCUGCUCUACAUCAACAGACCCAUUAUUCAGCAGAGGCAAAGCACAGGACCAUAGAAACCAAAAUUCUGAAAAUAUUAGAAAACAUUCCAAAUUUCUGAUAUUAUUUAAAUUAUUUCACUGUUUAUGGACAAUGCUUAAUAUAUUCGAGGUUGACAUGUUCAGCUAUGCAUGAGAAAUAUGUUUAAUUCCUAUAGAGACUCUUUAUGUUCUUAUACAGUGUCUUCAUGUCCAAAUUGGUUUCGUUUUCUUGUUACUUUCUCUUUUUUCCUCCAAGUGGUGCCAUGUUUUCGAUGUUGGACAGUUUUUCCGUUUGGUUCCUUGCUCCUACAUGUCUUGACACAUUUGUUACCAAUAGUACCAAUAUUACUUUUGAGGCAUGUGA